GCAAAAAAAUCGAUACUGGCGUCGGCCAUCGCAAAGACUGCUCGGGAGGUGAAAAUUUUAGUCUUUACGGCAAAAAGCCUAAUUUACGGUGAAAUUGUGCAAGAAACGAGCAAUCCGUGAAGAGCACACGCAGUUACGAUGGCCAGCAUAAGCAUCAUGAACUCGGUGGAGGAGAUGGAUCUAAUCGAGGACGAUAACAUCACCGGAGCGUCGGAUGAUGACGAUGACGGGGAUCCGAGUAGUCCGGGCAGUGCGUACGACGAUGGAACCAACCUGCUGAAUGUGGCCAUGGAAAACGAAGUCACCGCACAGCUAGUGGCUGCUGGCGUCGUCGGAGUGGCAGCCGCUGCAGCCAUCACAUCGUCCAAGAAAAAGAAACGUCCACAUUCGUUCGAGACAAAUCCAUCGAUCCGGAAACGGCAGCAAAACCGAUUAUUGCGAAAAUUGAGGCAAACCAUCUUCGAGUACGCCACCCGCGUUGGUCAGCAAGCCGUCGUUCUGGUGGCGACUCCCGGCAAGCCCAACAACAUAUUCAAAGUUUUCGGAGCCAAACCGCUCGAGGAUGUGCUGAAAAAUCUUCGCUCCAACGUGAUGGACAAGCUGGAUGAAGCCCUGGCAGCACAGGCCCCUCCCCGCGUCCAGGACGAUCCAUCGCUGUUCGAGCUUCCUCCGCUAAUCAUCGACGGUAUUCCGACGCCGGUGGAAAAGAUGACCCAGGCACAGCUGCGAGCAUUCAUCCCACUAAUGUUGAAAUAUUCCACCGGACGGGGCAAGCCCGGCUGGGGACGGGACUCGACACGUCCCGCCUGGUGGCCAAAGGAAUUGCCGUGGGCCAACGUGCGCAUGGAUGCCAGAACAGAGGAAGAAAAACAGAAGAUAAGCUGGACUCACGCUUUGCGGAAAAUCGUCAUCAACUGCUACAAAUACCACGGCCGGGAAGACCUGCUGCCAGCAUUCAGUGAAGAGGAUGAAAAGGCUAACGCCAUUGCAACUGCUAACUCAAGCUACACGCAUACCGUGCUGCAAACCAUUCAGAACGCCGACGGCACCGUGUCCAUCAUCCAGGUCGAUCCCAACAAUCCAAUCAUCACACUUCCAGAUGGAACUACCGCACAAGUACAAGGAAUCGCAACGCUACAAGCCCAGGGUGACAACGGCGUCCACACAAUACAGACCAUAUCGGAUGGACAGGGUGAAAGUAUGUCCGUAGACCUAACGGAGGCUACCCUUGGCCAGGAUGGCCAAUUGAUCAUUACUGGUGAAGACGGUCAAGAAUAUUCCUACUCUGGCUUCCCGGUGAACGUAAGCGGCAUGAUCACCGUACCGGUGUCGGCCCAGAUGUACCAGACCAUGGUGGCCAACAUCCAGCAGCUGCCGAACGGGGACGGAACCGUGUGCAUAACACCGAUGCAGGUACAUAGUCAAAGUUCGACGGUGAAUCUUAGUAAUGCUAGGGCGACCCUACCGACACACAACGUGACACUUUCAGCCAGCAACAGUAGUAAUCAGUUGGCCAACAGCCACCACCAGUUUCCGAACAGUAGCAUUAAUGUGAACAGUCUCAAGAGGCCCCGAAGUGUACAAAGCAAUAGUGCCAGUUUAAUUAAUCCCAGAAACGCUACCGAAGAGCAAAUUCUAAACCAAUUGCUAGCAUCAAGCCAAAGUAAGAAACUAAGUGUGAUAGCGAAUAAUAAUAACAACUCCACCAAUAACAACACGAUUAAGAUAAAUCUCGCGAAAGACGUGAAUGACGGUCAUCAGCAGCGGCCCCUCGGGCCGCAAAGCAUCGUCAUUCAGCUGAACAGUAGCAUGCUCAGCGCCAAAGAUCUGUUGAGCGAAAACCUUUCGGCCGCAAUCGAAAAGCAGGUCCAGCUAGUCAAGCAAGAACUCGAAGAGGAGGCUCAGCUGACGACGACCCCGAUCGGUGGCGUCGGCGGCGGAGCCGACGACACGGAACCGAAACCGACGGCGGCGGUCAUCAGUUUAUCACCUCCGACCACGCCGGUUUCGUCUCCGGCUCCGUCGUUGUCGCCGUCGGCGACGGUGUCACCCAGAAAUCCUUCCGAAAGUUGUUAGCUAUAAAUCUAAGAGACCAAACAAACCGCCUACGCUGAUUGCUGCUAUGACUACCGACCGACCCGACCGCAGACUUCUUGACAGAAAACCUUUCAUUCAGCAGAGAGUAUUGUUGAGUUUCCGUUUUUUCGUAGGUUUCCGGUAGAGAGGUUUAUGCGUUCGGUUCAGUUUGGCCAUACUUUAAAUUUUGUUUAUAGUUGUUUUUUUUUACUCCCCCUCUUGGGCGGUCUGACCCGGAAGGAAGGCAGAUUCUGAGGGGGAACGCAAUAACUACUUUUUGCAGAAGAGUUUUUUCCUCUUAUUUUCAACAAUUCUGCAAAUUUGCCAUACAUUAGAUCUGCAUGAAUCUAGUCAGUGUAGACUCCUGCUUCCCGCAAAAUUUUCACGACUUUUUUGAAACCAAAAAAAAAUUUUUUUGACCUUAAAUUUUUUGCAAAUUUCAAAUGUUUGUCUCCCCCAAAACAUAAAACAAAAACAACAUCGGGUAAGAAGCAGAUACCAAAUACCAAAGCCUUUCUUUUCUCGUUUUGUCACGAGAAAAACAAACGUUGUUAACACUAGAAACUAUUCAGUCUGUUAAUGUUUUUAAUUUUUUUGGAGCUUUUUGGUCCAGUAUUAAACAAUGCACGAGAGGCCAAAUUAUGUUUAACAAUGUUUAAAACAACUUAACUGAUGAACUGGCUGCGAAAGGCACACGUGAAAGCAAUUUACCGUAGUCAAGAACAACAAAAAAAACAGAAACAACCCAACUUAGUCAAUCUCUACACCAGCUUAAAAAAAAAUACGAUAAGUUUUAUUAUUGCGUACGGUAUUUCCUAGCUUAGAUCAAGUUUAGUUCUUACUUUUCUAUUAUAUAGUUCAUCACAACUUGAGUUUCGUGCCAUUUCUUUUUUCUCUUAGUAUAUGUGUUCGUAUCAGUGAAUGUGUGUGCGUGGUUUGCAUUAUUUAUUUUUGUCUAUCUCUUUUAUUCGAGUGUUUAUUAGUCGUUUAAUUUUAUAAGUUGUCAAACCGUACA